AUGGAUAGAGAGUUGGACCUCUUAGACUCCUCUAACACCGUCUACAAGCUGAUCGGGCCAGUCCUGGUGAAGCAGGACAUGGACGAGGCAAAAGCCACUGUCGGGAAAAGGCUGGAUUACAUCACAGGGGAAAUCAAGCGCUACGAGGCCCAGAUGCAGGAGUACGAUAAGAAGUCGGACCAGCAGCGGGAGGUGUUGGCGCGGCUGCAGCAGGAGUUCCAGAAGGCCCAGGCCAAAGUGGCCCUCAAGGCUUGAAGGUGGCCGUGGGGCACCGUGGGGCAGGACUGUGGGUGUGGGUGUGGGGCAGCCGGCUUUCCUCUUGAUGUCUCUGCAGGCCACUAGGGUGCCAUCUCUUUGAAAUAAAAUUAGUCUCCCUCUUGUGCCCAUUC